AUGCUUCUCGGCGUUCGCGCAAUUCUACCCCAAGCCCCCAUUAGAAUAUUACUACUCCUAUUACAUCCCCAGAUGACCCAAUUCUCUACGAAGACUAUACAGUGGCAAGAUGAUCUCUACCAUGAUCACCAUGUCAACAAGAUUUUAAUACAGAACUCUAAUGGACCUUGUUUUUUGAUUGCGCUUGUCAAUUCGUUGAUUUUGGCCUCUGAAUUGACUUUGAAUGGAUGGACUAACGUUGGAUCUAAGGCAAUUGAAGCAUCCCAUGUCAAAGCAGAGCAUUUGGUUCCUUUGAAAGAGCUCCUCACCAAAAAUGUCGUACAGUUGGACGAACUACUCAACGAAAUCACCAACUUAGUUAUUCAAGUAGCAGAUUCGGACUUCGAUUUAAGCCCUUUACUGGAGUCACUUCCAAGAUUACACACAGGACUCAAUGUCAAUCCAAACUUUUUGCUCCCAAGAAUUACUAGUAAGCAAGAUGGCAACUCAAAGGUUUUAGAUAUUCUAGAAUUAUUUAAUCUAGAACUGUAUCAUGGUUGGCUUAUUGAUGAGCGUACCCCGGGUUACGAAUUGCUUAGUCGAUUAGGAGACUACGAUUCUUUACAAAGUUACAUUUUGGAAAUUAAAAACGCCAUCCGUGAUUCUGCUCUAGUGGAUAACUAUGAAUAUGAAGAUUUGUCUCUCGAGCAGCUGGAUCAUCUGUUGGAUAAAUCAGAUGAUGCACGUCUCAAGCAAUUUCUCAAUGAGUACCAAGAUAUACAAAAUUUUCUGAGGAGCAACCGAACAGAGUUGUCAGAAACCGGCCUUUCUAGGUUAAUGUUUGACAGUCAGAACACUAUUAAAAGAUCCUCCUUUGCAAUUUUCUUUAGGAAUGAACAUUUUAAUACCGUUUACAAGAACCAAUCGGAUUCCCUUUUUACAUUGUUGAUCGAUGAGGGAUAUUCUAAGAGUAAGACCUAUGUUUGGCAGACAUUGUCCUCGGUUGACGGGUCGAAUGAUAAAUUAUUGGAUGGAAAUUUUGAGUUUACUAUAGAGCAAAUCCAACCCCUAUCUCAAGAGCCAAUUUCUAUUGAUGCAACAGAUUUUAUUAUCAAUGAAGAAGAAAUAGAAACGGCGAACGAUGAUGAAGCUUUGGCUAAGAAGUUACAGAAACAGGAAGACGAAAACGCAGCGAGAGCCAUCCAGAAAAAGUACGAUAAGCAGGCAAAAACAAAAACAAAAUCGAAGACCAAAAGCACGAUUAAGUCACAACCUGGAUCAAGUGCUGAUAGUAACAACAAACGAGAUAACUCAACUGCUGCAGGUGUGAAAAACAACACUGAAGAUAAGGGUAAAUGCAUUGUUAUGUAA